AUGGAACGUCUUUCCUCGCUCGGCCAGUCCACAGGCUCGUCGCAGUCGUCGCAGUCUCAGGAGGUCAAGCACAUGCUCGUCCUCCACCUUCCUAUGGCAUACUCAAAGCUGGACUCGUACUCUUCCCGUGGGCAAAUUGUAGAUGCUACAAGAAGUUGGUCGCGCCAAUUGUGCUUUCUAGAGGACUACGGGGAGGUCAUCCUGGCUCGAGCUAGCGAGGGUACCAUCAUCGACCAUCUUGAUCGUUCCAUCCAAACUGGACAAACACACUUUGCCAACAAGGUCGUCUCUCGCAAGCAUGCCAAGAUCUGCUGGAACAAUGGGGUGCCAUCCAUCGUCGACCUCGGAAGCACGCAUGGCACGCAGUACUCAGAUAUUGGGGCGUACCUCGACCCUUACUCCAACCAUUGGCGAGUCUCGUCGGCGCUUGCCGCUUUUGCGCCACCUCUCGCUUUCUUGAAGCCAGGGAUUCGUCAGAACUUGACCCACGGAGCUCUCAUCACGCUUGGAAAGGACAUGGGCUCUCAAGACCAGUGUCAUCAAGCUGUUCGUGCGCUGGUGAGUGGUUCUUGUCCGGCCGCGUUGCAGAAGCGGACCGAUAGCUUGUCCUCUACACUGGUGCAGAUGAUGUCGCAUGGGAAACCUGAGCUGAUGGCACGCCGAUCUUUUGAACUUUACCUUCCCAGAUUGAGAUCAGGAAGGUCUUGAGGCCUGUCUCUCAACAGCAUUAUCUCCCUCCGCUCUCGAAUGUGAGCGUUUCGGAUUCGACGCAGGCUCUUCAUCCAUUGUGCUCUCUCCCCAGUAGCACCAUGCAAGGGUCGCUGGAUGCAUGCAAGAAGCCGAUCAUCGUUCACCAUGUGGACGAUUCGGAUGGAGAAGGCGAUCAGAAUGUACCUGAACUCACCAGCGACAGUGACGAGGUGGAGGUCGUCGAGGAGCCAGAAGUCUCUCCAGAAGUGACCCUCGUCGGCAUUCGCACACCAAGUCGCCGGCAUAACGAGCCGAGCGGGACUUGUAGGCUGGCAUCCGGUCCCACUGCCGCACUCAAGACGGAUGAAGACGUCGUGUUUAGCUUUUCGAGCUGGUCUCCAAAUAGCGGAGCACGCAGCCAGCCCACAGAGCGAGUCGUCCCACGUCCGAUCGCAAUUGCCCCCACUCUCCAUGCACGAGCGCUUAUGGCUGGCUGGAGCGAGACACUGUUGCACCGUCCUUCCUUCCUUAACACCAGACCACUGGGGGCAUCAACGCUCAGAUCCGCGUCCUCCGCACUCACAAGCCGCUUUGCCCAGCCCGCCUCACCGUCAUCGGCAGCAUCAGUAGCCGGCAGCGCGGCUAGCUCCGCAAAAUCUGGACAGAGCGCGAAUCCCGAGGGCGUCUCAGCAGCAUAUGUCGCAGAACUCGUGCAGCGUCCUCGUCCACUAAGCUUUUCGCCAUCUAGCAAGGCUCCCCUUGCGGCAGCCGAUUCGAACGAUCUUGACAGCGCCUCCGCCUCUGCUGUCCAGUCUACCAGCGCCCGUCCAUCUCAAACCCACGACGCUGGCAUCGCCCCAGCAAAAUUGGAUUUCAAUGUCAGCUCUCAAUCAGAUCCAACUGAGGACAGAAAGAGCGCAUGGCCUGGAGGAACGCGACGCAUCAGUCCCACGCUUCACCCGCCUUGCUCGGAUCGCUCCUCGGACGAGGUUCCUGAUGCCAAUCUCGCCCUGGGCUCGUUCUCUGACCCCGACCGUGAAGGUCCUCAUUCUCUUCAUUCUCUCUAUCAACGCGAGACCAUUCCCAUGCGUGAGUGUGACGAUGGCAAUUCUAAGAGCUCCGAAGAGUCGGACGGCGAUACAUCGGAUUCUUCUGGCUCAAAGGAACAAGACAGCGACUCUGAAACCAGUGUGCUUGACGGAGAUGCUCAGCUCAGUGAUGAGGAAGACAUAGCUUCCGUAGCUGAAGAUGCUAGCUUGUCUGAUGACGUGGAUGACGAGGGCUUCCCCGUCGAGGAGGACGAGCUCGAUGAAGACGCCUUCUCAGAGAAGCCGGAUGAGGAGGCUUUUCUUGAAGAAUUAGACGAGGAUGCUUUCCCUGAUGAUCUGGACGAAGAUGACGCAUCUGCGCGCGAGGGCACGUCCGCCGAAUGCGAGGACCUGUCAGCGAGCGAGCAAAGCGAGGCUUCCCAAGACAAUGGUCUCGAGCAUGACGACCGUCCCACCGAUCACACAAGCGAAGCUUCGAGCGAGGACCAUGUGAUGACUGACGUCAAUGACAACUUACCCGUGACGAGUCCAGCUGUGGUAGAAGCUCCGCAGAGAGAGACGAUCCAAGAUGGCGCCCCUGAAACCACUGCAGUCUUUACUCAAGAAGCAGCUGCAACGACAGUCGAUGGCUCCUCUGAUUGCCACCCCACCCUUGCAUUUACUCAAGCUCAGAGGUCUCCAGAGUCUAAUCUUUCGCCUCUCACCAGUCAGCCACGGGACGACAACCGGCAGACGGUGCAAAGCAGGUACGAGCCCUCAUUGACCACUCACAUGCAAGAGGCUGCUGGGCAGCUUCGCUGCUUGACACGCUCAGAACUUAUGCGGGCGGUCGUCGCAAGAAGAGAGGCUCUAGAUCUCAGCCUGCAGCAAGAGAGAAUUCGUUUCGCACGGGAAGAAUCAGAGAUGGCGCUCGCUCGCAGCAUGAACGAGCAGCCUAGCUUCGAGGAGCAGCGGGUUCAGGAUGCUGCGCCAACACAGGCAACCUCACCUGCAGCAGUCGAGACUCCAAGCACCCAACAGACACCUCCAGAACUGGAAUCGCCACUUCGUCAUCUCCGUGCGAUGACAGCUCAGAUGGGAAACCAAGGUCAGGUGCACGCUGCAAUGCUCUUGCGACAGCUUCAAGCGCGACCCACUCCUUCCACACGUGAAGCGGCCGAAACGCGCAGGCUGUCUCUUGGUGCGCUGACGCGCAGGCUUGCCCGGAUCGACUCUCCUGAAGCGCUCUUGCCGGUGGUCACGACUGUGACAUCGCCGUCGAACAACUCUCAACAUCCGCCGACAAAAUCCUCGCCCAUCGAGUGCGACGUCGAGCAGCCUCUCGCCGAGACUGCCAAGAUUCAGAACAAGGGCAAACGUAAGCGCAACUCGGUGGAUGCCUCCACGCAGAUCAACGAGGAGCACGUCAGCGAGCGCGUGAGCUCUCCUUCGCCGGUAAAUCCUCCCCCGAAGCGCGCCCGCCUCGACGUCUUCGGGGGUGUUGUUGUCGGCGCGAUGAUUGGUGCAGUCGGGUAAGUGCGCAAUCACCAUUGUGUGUAUGCUGCCACAGCUGACAUUUCGGUCGUGUCUUCUCUCAGCACCUUCAUGGGACUCGCCUCCUUGGGCCGCUCGAGCAUGUAG